GAUGUGACAUAAUUGACAGUCUUCGAAUGCUUCAAAACAAAAAUCAUCUGCUCGAACAAUGACAAUUCAGUGAUUUCCUGGAACGCAAUAAAACAUAAACAAAGCUCUAGUUCGCUGCCAAAUUCUUUUUAUUUUAAUGAAAUUCGCACGGAUUUUCAUAAAUGUUUCAAGGCAGAAUAAUUGUUAAUACCGCAAAAAAUGUUGUUGAUCAUUAUUCGCUGUUUCGAUCGAAUUCGUGGAAUGGAUUUUCACCGAAUUUAAACACAAGACGAUGGAUAUCAAGCGGAGAACUGUCUUCAGUCCUUCGACCGUUCUAUUUUGCCGUACAUCCGGAUUUAUUUGGACAACAUCCCGAGCAACGAACAACAAACGAAGAAUCCUUGAAGCAUCUUAGCGCAUACCUCGAAGCACUACAAAAUCAACGGCUGGCAAGCAUUUCCAAACCAAAACACAUCAACUUUUAUGUCAGAGAUCAAAAGUCCAGAGAUUCAUUCAAGUUGAUUCGAAUACCGUUGGAGAAAGAGCCGGAUGUGAAACGAUUCUUGAAGCACAUAUUAGAGUCAUGUAAUUUGUCGACGGAGAAAGUGGAAAAGCUAAAAAUUAAGAAGGUAUCAACCAGUGCCAAAUUCCAUACCGAUCGCAAUGUAUACUCCAGACCAGAUGGAACAUUUUACGAGGAGUACGAAGUGUAUCGAACUGAAGUGCAGAAGGCCAGACAAGACAAAACGUUGAAGAAAUGGUUAGACUCAAAUACGAAGACAGCUAAUGAACGUUCUGAGUCAUUGCAAACGAUUCGGGCUGACGUGGAAAAACUGGAAAAACGACUUGUGAACAAUAUGAAACUGGUCGGCAUUGAAUACGAUUGCGAUUGGAAUAUUGAACACAUUCGCGGGUGUUUGAAGAGCUUGGAGCAUCUGUUCAACAUGCACACAAAUGAAAUGCAAUGUUUGCAAGGUCGAACGAUUGUAUUUGCCAGAGCAUCAGGGGUUAGUUUAGAAGGCUAUAUCAUGCUAUCGCCUGAAGAUGUGCAACAUAAUUGGCUAGAUUUUUUCAAAAACAUCCCAAAACAAGACGAAUAUUUGCAACAUAUACCAGCUUACGAAAGGGCUCUGUCUCAGGUGUUACGUGGAAUUAAAAUUUCUCGACGAAAAUUUAUGCCUAAAGCACAGGUCGUUCAUUAUGCCGCUUAUUUACGUAAAGUCACCACUUCAAUGUUGGACUAUUUGACGCAACACUCAAACUAUCCCAAGACUUGGCCAACGGAUUUGUCCAAUUUUGAAAUAGUCAUUGAAUCCGAAGCUGGCCCACUAUGCGUCAGCCCCACCGGUCAGUUUAUCGCUCCAUCCACGUGUCCUGGUGCAAUUCUAGUCGAUUUCUUAUCAACGCAUAUGAAUGAAGCCGCCGAAAAAGCAGAAGCAUACAAGAAGAAUAAAUUCAUCGAGAGAGAAUUACAUGAGCAAUGUAUAAAAAAAUUGGGCCUGGUUUCAUUGUCAAAAGACGAUUCAGUGGAUCCGGAGCGCAUGAUUGAGUGCUUGACACGACUGGUUGACUCUGAUGUUUGCUUGAAGGAUUGCAAUCUACACAUAACCCACUACUACUCGGUUCUGUCAGAUGGGACAAUGUGUAUUCCAUGGGAUUGGACGUUCGAAUAAGAAUUUUCAUCCAUUUGAUGGAUGAAAACUAAAAAUCGCAGCUGAUAGUUUAGCUGUAACCUGUACAAAAACUAGGAGUUUUUAAAUUGUUUUCAAAAAGAAAUUGUUUUUUUUUCUUAUCAUUGUCUGAAUAUUGUUUGGCCUAAUUCAGUUAUUAGUUUGUAGAUGUACAUAUUAGCGUGAAAUUCAAUUAAUUGUUUUCAAUUUAUUUGGGACAAUAAAAGUGUGGAUAUUUUUUUCCAAGGUUUGAUUA